GAGAAGAGGAAGGAGGCUGCGGGAGCAAGCGAAACAGAAAAAAGGGUCAGGCCUGGGACUUGGCAAAACGGGCUCUUGGCGAUGCCGUCCAACACUGUUACCAACACCACCGCCGCUUUCAAAGGCUCAGACUAUGGUGACUCACCUGGGAAGAGACUGAGUGAGAGCACAAUGCUGGACAAGGACUUGAGGACAGAGGAGAAGCCAGCCAAAAAUAUUGCCUCUUGUAAAGCUGGAAGGCCGGGGAGAAAGCGCAAGCAGUUUCCAGUCGAGAGCGGUGCUGGCGUGGGCAACAGCUAUGCUGGCGUGGGCAGGCCGUCCAUGACGCAGGUCCGCAACGGAGAUGUGGGCGGGUACGCAGGCAGGACAUCCGAUGCCUGCUUCCCCAAACAGGAGAGGAGGGAGGUGGAGAAUGGGAUCCCCACUAGAGACGCUUCCCGCCGGACAGAGGACAGCCCCCAGGGUCCGAGCCCCUCCCGCGAGAACGGGUUCCUUUCCAGCCGGGAAUCGCAGGACUCCGAGAAAGACAAGGACGACGGCCUGACGACCUCGCGGAAGAAACGGGGAAGGCGGAAACUGGAGCGCCCGACGAAAUAUGUGGAGCACAAGGAGGAGGACGGGGCUGACACAGUCAGGACCGAGGGAGGUCGAGGGAGGCUUCGAGGGGGAGUUGGUUGGGAGAUCAGCCUUCGUCAGAGGCCCAUGCCCAGAGUAACCUUCCAGGCUGGUGAUCCUUAUUACAUUAGCAAGAGGACCAGGGAGGAGUGGUUGACCAAGUGGAAGACGGAGGCAGAGAAAAAGGCCAAACUGGUGUCAGCGAUGAACGCUAUGGAGGACCACGAGGAGAUGGAGGAGACGGAGCCCCAGAUAGAGGACGAGUCAGAGCUCAAACAUCUGCUGCCUUCCAAGCAACCUCAGCCCCAGUCCCAUCCUCAGUACCAGUCCCAAUCACAAUAUCAACAACAGUCACCACCACCAUCACCGCCACCACUACAACAACAACACCAACAACAGCAACAACCACAACAACCACCGCAACAGCAGCAACCCACAGACCCCGCCUCUCCCACUGUCGCCACGACACCUGAGCCCGUGACCAUCGGAGGUGGAGACAAGACGUCUCCCAAGUCCGCUGAUACUGAGCCCGAAUAUGAGGACGGCCGUGGUUUUGGCAUCGGGGAGCUGGUUUGGGGGAAGCUGAGAGGGUUCUCCUGGUGGCCGGGCCGUAUCGUAUCCUGGUGCAUGACGGGGCGAAGCAGAGCCGCCGAGGGGACCAGAUGGGUCAAGUGGUUUGGGGACGGAAAAUUCUCAGUUGUCUGUGUAGAGAAACUCUUGCCUUUAAGCUCUUUCAACAAUGCCUUUCACCAACCAACCUAUACCAAGCAGCCGAUGUACAAGAAAGCAAUCUAUGAAGUACUGCAGGUGGCUAGCAGCAGAGCUGGCAAAGUCCUCAUUUCCUGUCCAGACAGUGAUGAGACGGACACUUCCAAGUCGGUGGAGAUGCAGAACAAGCAGAUGAUCGAGUGGGCCAUGACCGGAUUCCAACCCACUGGACCGAAGGGCUUAGAGCCACCAGAAGAGGAGCGUAACCCAUACAAAGAGGUUUACCCGGAGAUGUGGGUGGAGCCAGAGGCCGCAGCGUACACACCACCCCCGGCCAAAAAGUCUCGCAAAAGCACAGCCGAGAAGCCCAAGGUCAAGGACAUCGUUGACGAAAGGACAAGAGAGCGACUUGUUUAUGAAGUGAGACAAAAGUGCCGUAGCAUAGAGGAUAUCUGCAUCUCCUGUGGAAGUCUGAAUGUUUCACUCGAACAUCCACUGUUUGCUGGGGGCAUGUGCCAGAGCUGUAAGAACUGCUUCCUAGAAUGUGCCUACCAGUAUGAUGAUGAUGGCUACCAGUCCUACUGCACUAUCUGCUGUGGGGGGAGAGAGGUCCUCAUGUGUGGAAACAACAACUGUUGCCGGUGUUUUUGUGUGGAGUGCGUUGACCUCCUGGUGGGGCCAGGCGCAGCCCAUGCAGCCAUAAAAGAAGACCCAUGGAACUGCUACAUGUGUGGCCAAAAGGGCGUUUUUGGCCUGCUGGAGCGACGCACCGACUGGCCCUGCCGUCUCCAGCACUUCUUUGCUAACAAUCACGACCAAGAUUUUGAGCCACCAAAGUUGUACCCCCCGGUCAUGGUGGAGAAGAGGAAACCUAUUCGUGUCCUGUCGCUAUUUGAUGGCAUCGCAACAGGGCUGCUGGUGCUGAAAGAACUGGGCAUCCAGGUGGACCGCUACGUGGCGUCCGAAGUGUGUGAAGACUCCAUCACUGUGGGUAUUGUACGGCACCAGGGUCGGAUCAUGUAUGUUGGUGAUGUGAGGAACGUCACACGCAAACAUAUACACGAGUGGGGCCCAUUUGACCUCGUUAUAGGUGGAAGCCCAUGCAACGACCUCUCCAUUGUCAACCCUGCUAGGAAAGGCCUUUAUGAGGGCACCGGCCGCCUGUUCUUUGAGUUUUACAGGCUUCUUCACGAGGCUCGGCCCAAGGAAGGAGACGACCGGCCCUUCUUCUGGCUCUUCGAAAAUGUGGUCGCCAUGGGCGUCAGUGACAAAAGGGACAUAUCUCGAUUUUUAGAGUGCAACCCAGUGAUGAUCGAUGCCAAGGAAGUCUCGGCUGCCCACCGUGCUCGCUACUUCUGGGGUAACCUUCCUGGCAUGAACAGGUUGGUGGGAAAAUGGCCUCUGACUGCCAUGUGCACCGACAGGCUGGACCUCCAGGACUGUUUGGAACAUGGCAGAACAGCAAAGUUCGAUAAGGUGAGGACCAUCACCACCAGGUCCAACUCCAUAAAGCAGGGGAAGGACCAGCACUUCCCAGUCUUCAUGAACGAGAAGGAAGACAUACUCUGGUGCACUGAGAUGGAGAGGGUCUUUGGCUUCCCUGUCCACUAUACAGAUGUGUCCAACAUGAGCCGACUGGCGAGGCAGAGGCUGCUGGGAAGGUCAUGGAGCGUCCCAGUUAUCCGCCACCUGUUCGCACCACUCAAAGAUUACUUCGCCUGUGUCUGAGCGACGACGACACCCGUUCGGAGGCAGUUAGGAACCGCAACUGUGCGUCGUGACUAUAAACGGGAGCCUUCGGUGCUCAAAUUCUACUCUUGUAUAAUUUGCAAGCGAAACAUCGACACAGAAAUUUCACAUUAUUUCUUGUAUUUGAAAAAUGUAAUUCUUAUUCUAUUUAAUUUUGAUAUGUCAUUUUACCUUUUAGCAGUGUUAUUCGGUAUUUUUUAUUUUUCUUUUUUUUUUUUGGAAUUGAUUUAUUUGUGCAAGCUAUACUUGAGACUGUGCUUUCUUCUCAAGACACUGAGCAAGGAAAGUGUUGUCCGUGGGAUUUUCUAAAGACACAACGCCGUCAUGGCAGACACCCGACAGAUACCGAGUGUUUUCCAGCGAAGUUAUACGUACACAUCAAACAAUUCGGCUGUUUUGAAGGGGGCGGGCUACGAUUCCCACCAACAGCUACUGAGCCUCACCGAGAUGUGAUGAGAAAAAAAAAGAAAAAAAAAAGAAAAAUUCGAUUUUCCUCAGUGUCGAGAGAGCCAGUGUCUCUGAGAAUCCAAAAAAAAAAAAAAAAACACCAGAUCACAUAUACCUCUUUGUUUACAGGUUCUAAACACAACUGAAGGUAAUAAAAGGUACUACUACUGUAAUAUGGUUACAAUACCAUGGUGCUCCGCGGUGAUGGGAAACAUCAUAGCCCAUGUGGCAUCCGCAGCUUACGAAAGAGACACCCAGACAUUUGCUCGGGAAAAUCGACGUCUCCGCAAAUUUUAUUUUGAUGACGCGCUGUCCCGUCGACUUCCGAGAGAAAAAGCAACUCCGACUGCAAAACAGGGCCUAUAUCCUCUUUUACCAGUUUUACAGCUUUUAUUUUUGAGUUUUGUUUUCUGGUUUUAACAGACUACUGGUGCUUAUUCAACCGCUCAGCUUUUCUACACUUAGGCCCCGCCGCCUGCGUCUGCACAAACAGAAAAUUAAGCUAGCCACAUGGGAAGUGAUGUUUUCCGUCGUGUCCGCGAUGAACUACUUUUUUCUAGUUUCAUCCGGACCAACAUUACUGUACAAUAGUUAGUAAGCGUGGUGGCCGUUUGGAGGUCGACCGGGCGUUUCCGAAUCCGGGUCAAACCUCCUCCCUCCCCACCUCCGCGAACUAGACAAGAAAAAAAAAUUUAAAAAAAAAACAAACAAACAAAACUGUCAGGUGCAUAUCCUCAACAACAUGGUGCGGCUUCACAAAGUUCUUCUACCUUUUUAUAGCAAUUUUGUGCUGUUUUACCAACAUUAUAAAGCACUUUUAUAUGUAUAACUUACUUUUUUUCUUGAUAUUUUGGAAAAAAGAAAAAAAACUUGGUUCUUGUGAAAUUGUUUUUUUUUUUUUUUUUGCUUUAUGAUGUGAACUGAUCUACCCUCGUGUAAUACGUUUUGUAUACAGUAGGGCUGUGCCAAUAGAAGUGGAAGGAUGGAUUGUGCUGUGUGAAGCCCGUGUGUUUGACUCGCUGUACAGGUAGACGGUGUGAACCUUGUCGACCCUCCGUUCUCUCGCCUCCAUCAGUCCUACUGUCCUCUGUUGGGAAGCGGUGACACGGUUUGUUACUCCACAGAUUUUAAGAAUGUCUCUAUUAAGAUUGUACAAUUUAGGGCAGAGUUAAGAAUAUAUGUCAUGUUUUGUUGUAUGAUAUUUUGUCCACCUGUGAAAGACACAAUUUGUACCCACCCCCCCUCCCCCUUUAACUUUGCCCGAGUAGUCACACAGACAAAUUUACGGACUGAUCCGAAUUUAUGUUAUGUUUCACGAUAAUGUUAAAUUCUAUUGCUAAUUUCUAGACGUGGAGGAUUUAGGUGGCGGUUUGUCAGAACUCAGUACUGACACAGCAGGGCGUCCGGGUAGCGUAGCAGUCUAUUCUGCUGCCUACCAACACAGGGGUCGUCAGUUCGAAUCCCCAUGUUACCUCCGGCUUGGUCGGGCGUCCCUACAGACACAAUUGGCCGUGUCUGCGGGUGGGAAGCCAGAUGUGGGUAUGUGUCCUGGUCGCUGCACUAGCGCCUCCUCUGGUCGGUCGGGGCACCUGUUCGGGGGGGGGAAUAACGUGAUCCUCUCACACGUUACGUCCCCCUGGUGAAACUCCUCACUGUCAGGUGAAAAUAAGCCGCUGGCGACUCCACAUGUAUCGAAGGAGGCAUGUGGUAGUCUACAGCCCCCCCCCCCGGAUCGGCAGAAGGGGUGGAGCAGCGACUGGGAUGGCUCGGAAGAGUGGGGUAAUUGGGGGGGGAAAUACUGACACAGCAGCGGACAAAUAACAUGAAAGGAUUCACAAAUAACGUGAUUUUUUUUUAAACGGAAUUAAUGUCAUAAUGUAAUUAAGUUCUUAAGUGACCUUAUUGCCAUCAUGUCAGUCCACAUAGACCCUCGUGCUUUGUGACGUUCCCACCAGAUUAUUUGCUCCUUCCCAUUUACAUCCUACCAUGUCUGUACAUGUUGUACAUAGAGUUUUCCUGUUGCUGGUUUUCCUUGUUUUUUUUUGUUUUUGUUUUUUUUCCUCUUUUUUUUUUUAAGUAUGAGAUGUACAAAUACAAUUCUUGGCUAAUAUAUAUAUAUCAUCAAAUUAGAAAAUCUUAGAUUCAAAAUAAAAUCAAGUGACAAUUUGAUUCAAAACAUGCUUUGAGCGUUAGAUGUAGGGAGACUCCAAGUCUACUUUUUAGUACUUUUUUUGUUUGUUUAAAGGUUUUUUUUAGUGUGUGCGUGCGUGCGUGCAUGUACAUACGUGUGUCUGUACGUGUGCGUGCAUACGUGUGUGCGUGCGUGUGUGUUUGUGCGCGUGCGCGCGCGCGCGUCCGGAUGAACAUGUCACGUGAUGUAGACUGAGGACAGCUUUAAGAGGAACGGUGUGAACGUCACUGCGCAGCCCUACGACGGUGUUGUUUUUGCCUUUGUUUCCUUUUGUAAGACUUUGGAAAAAAAGAGGGAUCGUAGGUGUUUCUGAUGGUGCUAAACAUUUUAUCUAAUCGAGGAAAGUAUAUUUGAUUGGAAGAGAAAUAAACUUGUCUUGACAAUGACUGUUUUUAAGUUCCUUGUAGUAAUGGAAAAGCACUAUUAUUUCACUCAUAUAAAUAUAUUAACAAAGGCAUUUUAACUUUGUACUUGGAAAAAAAAGACAAAAAAAACAUGAUGACAAAUAAUGAAAGGUUUCCUAUAUUGUUUUAGACUAGAGAUUGCUGUAGUUGGUGCUUAUCUGUGGGAAAAUCAUGUACUCAUAACGAGAAAAAAAAUCCGUAAUAACGUUCACUGUAGCAUAUUGUAUGCUUAAGUACGCAUUGUUUCUUAAUCCUACAUUCCAAUGCCGUAAUAUCCCAUAUGUCUGUUCUCAGAGUGUUUUUUUUAAAUUGAUGCAUAUUUGUUUUUUGUUUUUUUGUUUGUUUUUUUUAAUAGCAACCUAAUUACAUUUCACUGGUCAAGGCAGGUCGACUCUAUAUUCGGUGAUACUGUGUGACUUCCUAUGCUGUCAUAACUGUUUAUGGCCUAUAUGCCCUCCUCAAGACCAGUCCUUACAGCAAAUGUAGCAGUCAUUCUCCACUUUAUACCCCAUACUUAUGUUUAGUGUUAAGAGAGAAGAUAAAGGCUCCUUAUGUACUUGUGCUGGAGAACACUUGAAUAAAUGUAUUGUU